GGAUGAUGGAUGGAUGGAUGAUGGAUGGAUGAUGGAUGGAUGGAUGAUGGAUGGAAUGAAGCGGGUCUUCAGCCUCUGAUGGCCUCAUCCAUCUCCGCAGGUUAACAAUAGCAGACUGCAGUCAGAGCCGGGCUGUUCCGGACGGGCAGGCAGAUAACAAAUGGCUCUGAGCAGUCAGUGAGUGGGCUCAGCUGGCGCGUUGCUCAGCCGGAUUGCAGCCAUAUAAGCAGACGGAGCUCCUGUCACCUCAUCGGAGAACCCUUUUAUGGAGACACGGCGGCCGGAAUUCCGCAUCCCGGACCUCCUUGUACCCAAAAAAAGAGCAUGAAAAGGAUGCGGGAUGAUCUUUGGGAAUAAAUCCGCACAUUCAAACCUAAAAGACUAAUUAAAACAUGAGUUUGCGCUUGUUGUUUUUAAUAUUCCUGCAGGUGUCCUCACGGCGCCUCCACUUGCUCUAUUUCUGGAGUCCCCUCUUUUUUUAAUGUCAAGUCCAUAUUCGGUGAGUGACGUCAGGGGGACACCCAGAGAUUCCCUUUAUAAUCGGACUGAUCCGCGUGGGAGCCGUUUAAAAGAGCCGAGAGGCGGAAAAAGAAAAAGAGCGGGGUUAGCAGACAGCAUGAAGGGAAACACACAGAUCAGUUAGGAGCAAACUAGACGCCUCAGAAACAUAAAAAUCUGUUUUAACUCAUCUCAGAGACGGGAUGAGCGCUAAGGUUCUGCUGGAGGAAGUUUCUGCGUCUCUGAGCAGAGUUGUGGACACAGCGGAGGGGGGGCUGACUGUUUUUAAGGAAGAGCCCGUGGAGGAUGGAGUCGGUGAGCUUCUGUUUGAGGGGAGGUACACACCUGAGCUGCAGAUCCAAGGAGAUCUGGCGCAGUACGGGGGCACUUUACGCACGCAAUCCGUGGCGUUCACCGGGAGGUUCUCAGUGGACUCCAGGGGAGCAGGAGGACCGUGGACACCUGAAGACACCAUCAACGUGGUCAGCGCUGACAUCGGUAGUAACGCACCUGCCCCGGAGUCCGGAUCAGCCGCUCCCUCUCCAGAUAUUUACGCACCUGGAGGAGGAGGAGGCGGCAGCAUGGCGCACGGACCGCCGGACAUCAGCCACAUGUACGCGCCCGCUCAUCCACACCCUCAUCCCGCCCCGUCCUACUCCUGCAGCGGGGACAUUUACCAGGACCAAUCAGUGGGGGGGUACAUGGCCCCGUCCACCUGUCCCGUGUCUUUCCACGCUCCACAGCCCUACACCUCCGCGCCCAAACCCAGCGUGGACGGCACCGCGCUGCUCUCCAUCAUGCCUGAAUACGGAGGCUUCUACCAGCAGAGUUGCCAGAGAGACCUCCAGACAGCCUUCCCGGAUCGGAAGUCCCUCCCGUACCCGCUGGACCACCUCAGGGUGCCGCCGCCUCUCACCCCACUCAACACCAUCAGGAACUUUACGCUGACUGCUCCGCCCGCGGCCGUGGAGGGCCCGAUGGCCGCCGCGUUCCCAAGCCACCAAAACCUCCCCCUCAGGCCCAUCCUGAGACCCAGGAAGUACCCGAACCGACCGAGCAAGACGCCGGUUCACCAGAGGCCGUACCCGUGCCCUGCAGAGAGCUGCGACCGGCGCUUCUCCCGGUCCGACGAGCUGAGCAGACACCUCCGCAUCCACACCGGCCACAAGCCCUUCCAGUGCCGCAUCUGCAUGCGCAACUUCAGCCGCAGCGACCACCUCACCACGCACAUCCGCACGCACACCGGCGAGAAGCCGUUCUCCUGCGAGCAGUGCGGGAGGAAGUUUGCGCGCAGCGACGAGAGGAGGAGGCAUAUGAAGAUCCACCUCCGACAGAAGGAGAAAAGGUCCUCCACGUCCUAAAAUCCACGCCGCACCACCCGCCACGCUGCUGGAUGUGGACUGAGAUGCUGGCCUGUCCUUACACCCUGGAGCUCAGUGCAAACAGGAUCCAGAAAUUUAAGUUCACAGAAAAGUCAAAUUGUUCUGCAGAAACCAUCUCAGAAUCCAACGCCUCGUUAUUUAUGAACUUAGACAUGAGAAUCAGUAAAUAUGCAGUAAAUUCCAACAACUAUUAGUGUAGUUUAGAUUACAGUAAAUAGAUUGAGCAGCUAUGUCUAUGCUAACCUUAUGAGUCUCACCUAGCUCUGGGCUCUGGUCCAGAACCUCUCUGUCGGUGUUUUGAUGCUCUCAGGGAUCCAAAAAGCAGAGAUGAAAUGAACUCAACCCAAUGAUGCAGCAUGAUGUUACUGUCUGGGCCUGCACAUGUGGCUCAGUCUGCAGAUGUGAUACAAACCUGGUAAUGUGAACAGAAGAAGUCACAGAGGAGGACUCCACUCACCACAGGUCCAAAUCCCAACUUCUUGAUGCAGUAAAAGAAAAAAGUUCAUCAAAGCAGUUCAGGUGUAACAUUGUUUCAGUCUGCUCUGACUGACUCAAGAAGACAUUUUGAAGUAAAGAAGAAGGAAGAACUCUGAUGUCAGAUUGAUGCAUGAAGCCUGAUGAUCUGCAGUUCUACUGGUUUUAGUUUUUGUUUCCAGACCAACGUUUUUACUUGAUGAAAGAAGGAGAAAAAACUGCAUCCAGACUCAGAAGCUUCUGUCCUGCUGAAGAGUUUUUAUGCAAAUGUGACAAACACUAACUAGAGCAGCUGAUGCUUCUUGUUGAUGCAAAUAAAUGUUGGUUUGUUCA